CCAUUUUGAGUUUUACCUCAACUGAACAUCACAAACCACGGGAGCGGGUGAGAAAGGCUCUGGCCGUGACCGGGCAAAAUAUUCUACUUAGAAUACACAUAUGAAAUGCGACUGCUUAAUGAAUUUAGCUAUUCGAUUCGCUAAUAGUUCUACUGGAGGUAACAUCGAGACAAAACGUAUGCUUGCCUGCUUGAACUUCUAAAUUAGUGCGAUUUCAAAUUAGAAUCUGGUUUGAAUGGAUAGCUUUUUUCUACGCUCUCCCCCAGAAGAGGGACAAUCGGAGGAGCAGACGGACUGGACAUAUUGCAGGAAAAGUUCUAUUUAGAAUUGUUUCGAUAUAUUAUUGGUUGUAUUUUCUAUCCUUUGUCACUCUCGCUAGCUUAGCUACUUAGCAUCAGCUAGCUAUAAACAGGGUAUUUGUUUUCUCCGGCGGCAGGUUGUGGUGUGAGUUCAAUUUCACUCACUUCGUGUUCUGCCCCAUAUCAUAGGGGCAAAGCCGGAUUUAAUUCAUCGGGCCUCCCUGCACAGGAGCCCAAUUAUCCAUCCCAGUUAGCGUUAGUAUCCCCAUCAAAGCGCCGAGAUUGGGCGAAUAGCGAGCAAAUACGUCCGCGUUUCUCUGCCUGCUCCCCCACCGACCUCCUUCCCUCAGUCCCCGGCGCUGACUGCAGAAAAGGCCGAGGUCGUUGUAGAACAGGCCCAGCCGCCUAGGCUCGACCUGUUUACCCCUCCUCCGCAUCCUCAAACACCCCAUCAACUUCCCCGGACCCCUUUCUCCACGGAACCGACACCAGACAAGGUCGAGGGGAACAAAGACAACAAACAUCACAACAUCACAACAGUUGCCAACAUGAACCACCAUCAUCACACUCAGCAACAGCAGCAGAAAGCCGGCGAGCAACAGCUUAGCGAACCCGAGGAUAUGGAGAUGGAAGCUGGGGACACAGAUGAUCCCCCUAGAAUCCCCCAGAACCCUGUCAUCAACGGGAACAUGGCCAUGGCAGACGGGCAUAACAACACAGAGGAAGACAUGGAGGAUGAUACCAGUUGGCGUUCGGAGGCCACCUUCCGUUUUGUGGUGGAGCGCUUCAGCCGGCUGAGCGAGUCGGUCCUCAGCCCCUCCUGCUUUGUGAGGAAUCUGCCCUGGAAGAUCAUGGUGAUGCCACGCUUCUACCCAGACAGGCCUCACCAGAAAAGUGUGGGCUUCUUCCUGCAGUGCAAUGCAGAGUCUGAUUCCACGUCAUGGUCGUGUCAUGCUCAGGCAAUGCUGAAGAUCAUCAACUAUAAAGACGACGAGAAGUCUUUUAGUCGCCGCAUUAGCCACCUGUUCUUCCACAAGGAGAACGACUGGGGCUUCUCCAACUUCAUGUCUUGGAGUGACGUGACUGAUCCAGAGAGGGGAUUUGUAGAGGAUGACAAAGUCACCUUUGAAGUCUUUGUGCAGGCAGAUGCUCCACACGGGGUGGCGUGGGACUCAAAGAAGCACACUGGCUACGUGGGGCUCAAGAACCAGGGAGCCACGUGUUACAUGAACAGCCUGCUGCAGACGCUUUUCUUCACCAACCAGCUGCGGAGGGCUGUGUACAUGAUGCCGACCGAAGGCGAUGACUCCUCCAAAAGUGUCCCGCUUGCCCUGCAAAGGGUUUUCUAUGAACUUCAACACAGUGACAAGCCAGUAGGGACAAAGAAGCUGACCAAGUCUUUUGGGUGGGAGACCCUCGACAGUUUCAUGCAGCAUGAUGUGCAGGAGUUGUGCAGAGUGCUGCUGGACAACGUCGAGAACAAAAUGAAAGGCACUUGUGUGGAGGGCACCAUCCCAAAGCUCUUCAGAGGAAAGAUGGUGUCCUACAUCCAGUGUAAGCACGUCGAUUACCGGUCCGAGCGGAUAGAGGACUACUACGACAUUCAGCUCAGCAUAAAAGGAAAAAAGAACAUUUUUGAGUCAUUCAAAGACUACGUGGCUGUUGAGCAGCUGGACGGAGAUAACAAGUAUGAUGCCGGAGAGCAUGGACUCCAGGAGGCCGAAAAAGGCGUGAAGUUCCUGACCUUUCCCCCAAUUCUGCACUUGCAACUGAUGAGGUUCAUGUACGACCCACAGACCGACCAAAACAUCAAGAUCAACGACAGGUUUGAGUUCCCCGAGCAGCUACCACUGGACGAGUUCCUCCAGAAGACGGACGCCAAGGACCCGGCCAACUACAUCCUGCACGCCGUGCUCGUGCACAGCGGCGACAACCACGGCGGCCACUACGUCGUCUAUCUCAACCCAAAAGGAGACGGCAAAGUGAGUGUCACCGAGCCAAUAUGGUGCAAGUUCGACGACGACGUGGUGUCGCGGUGCACCAAGGAGGAGGCCAUCGAGCACAACUACGGAGGCCACGACGACGACCUGUCCGUCCGCCACUGCACCAACGCCUACAUGCUGGUGUACAUCCGGGAGUCCAAGCUCAGUGAGGUGCUGCUGCCGGUCAAUGACGUGGACAUCCCUCAGCAGCUGGUGGAGCGUCUGCAGGAGGAGAAGCGGGUGGAGGCCCAGAAGAGGAAAGAGAGACAGGAGGCCCACCUCUACAUGCAAGUGCAGAUGGUGACCGAGGACCAGUUCUGCGGUCACCAAGGCAACGACAUGUAUGACGAGGAGAAGGUCAAGUACACAGUGUUCAAGGUGCUCAAGAGCUCCACGCUGGCCGAGUUUGUCCAGAACUUGUCACAGACCAUGGGCUUCCCACAGGACCAGAUGAGGUUGUGGCCCAUGCAGGCCCGGAGCAACGGCACCAAGAGGCCCGCUAUGCUCGACUACGAGGCCGACUGCAACAAGUCUGGGAAGAAAAUGGUUGCUAAUACUUGCUACUUGAUCACGCAGAUGAUUGACUUGAGUGACAAUGAAAACCCAUGGACAAUAUUUCUGGAAACGGUAGACCCAGAGAUGGCUGCCAGUGGGGCCACAUUACCCAAGUUCGACAAAGACCAUGAUGUCAUGUUGUUCUUGAAGAUGUACGAUCCAAAAACCAGAAGCUUAAAUUAUUGCGGACAUAUCUACACGCCUAUAUCCUGUAAAAUACGAGACUUGCUGCCCGUCAUGUGUGAAAGAGCAGGGUUCCAGCAGGGAACUAGUCUUAUCCUCUAUGAGGAAGUUAAACCGAAUUUAACAGAACGUAUACAAGACUAUGACGUCUCCUUGGACAAGGCUCUGGAUGAGUUGAUGGAUGGAGACAUUAUUGUGUUCCAGAAGGACGACCCUGAGAAUGACACCAGUGAGCUGCCCACAGCUAAGGACUACUUCAGAGACCUGUAUCACCGCGUGGACGUCAUCUUCUGCGACAAAACCAUCCACAAUGACCCCGGCUUUGUCGUCACACUGUCAAACAGAAUGAACUACUUCCAGGUGGCUAAGACUGUAGCACAGAGGUUAAACACUGACCCCAUGCUCCUGCAGUUCUUCAAGUCCCAGGGGUACAGAGAUGGCCCAGGAAACCCUCUCAGGCACAACUAUGAAGGCACUCUCCGAGACCUGCUGCAGUUCUUUAAGCCCCGGCAGCCCAAGAAGCUGUACUACCAGCAGCUGAAGAUGAAGAUCACAGACUUCGAGAACAGGCGGAGUUUCAAAUCCAUAUGGCUCAACAGUCAGUUUCGUGAAGAGGAGAUAACACUAUACCCUGACAAGCAUGGAUGCGUGAGGGACCUGUUGGAGGAAUGUAAAAAGGCCGUGGAGCUCUCUGAUAAAGGCUCGGAGAAGCUGAGGCUCUUAGAAAUUGUUAGCUACAAAAUUAUCGGUGUUCACCAAGAGGACGAACUGCUAGAAUGUUUAUCUCCAGCGGCCAGCCGGACGUUCAGAAUAGAGGAGAUCCCUCUGGACCAGGUGGACCUGGACAAAGAGAGCGAGAUGCUGAUUCCAGUUGCACAUUUCCACAAAGAAGUCUUUGGGACCUUUGGUAUUCCCUUCUUGCUGAAGAUCCGACAGGGUGAGUCCUUCAGAGAUGUCAUGAGGAGGAUUCAGACCAUGCUCGACAUCCAGGAGAAGGAGUUCGAGAAGUUUAAAUUUGCGAUUGUCAUGAUGGGCCGGCAUCAGUACAUUAAUGAGGACGACUACGAGGUCAACCUGAAAGACUUCGAGCCGCAGCCAGGAAACAUGUCACACCCAAGGCCUUGGUUAGGACUAGACCAUUUCAACAAAGCUCCAAAGAGAGGCCGCUACACAUACCUGGAAAAAGCCAUCAAGAUCCACAACUGAGCAGAUUCCACGCUAACGCCACAGCUCCACCCAUACUAAAGACUUUAACCAAACCUCUCUUGUGUGCACCACGUUUUAACACCUGCUGAAUGGGUACACAGGCACCAUGUAUGAAGUCUUCAGCAAAUGGAUUUACCGCUGAUGCGUUUUGUUUUGUUUUUCUCCCCCCCUCCCUGCCCCCCACCCCCCUUUUUCCCCCUCCUUCUGAGGCUGUUGAAUUUGGCUUCUCUAACUAUCGACUGCCUACUGUCACGAAGAAUGAAUUGGAUUUUAGCAAAAUGGGAGGACAGUUUGAACUUGUAGAUUUGUUUAUUUUUUUUCCCCCUUAUUUUGGUUUUGUUUUCUCUUUUUUCCCCUUUUUUUUCCUUAAAGAAUUGUUACAGCAAGAAGGCUGCUGCAUAGUGUUGGAGGGGGUUGGAGGCGACGGAAAGAUGAUUUGCCAUUUGCGGAAACAAGGACACUGAUCCUUCAAAAACAAAAUUCACUGCGAAUGGUCGAAGCUUGCUAGUUGCCCUGAAGUGGUUGUCAUUUUUUUUUCUUGGUCCCUUAGUGCAACUAGUCAAUUUUCAUGUUUACACAAUUCUUUCUCACUUAGUUUGGUUGGAGGAAUUCAGUUUAGUCUUUUUUUUUCUGCAAAUCUUGUAUAAUAAAUAAAACAAACAAAAAAUAACAAUAAAGAUCCACAGCAUCUGUUUUAAAUAAAUGAAAGAGAAAAAAAAGAAAUAAAUUGUCUGUACUUCAUCUUGCACGUUGGCACUUAUUAUCAAAAGGGUUUACAUUUUUUUCCAAAAUGUAAACUUUGGUUGUAGUAUGAUUUGCAUAUCCCCUUUGGGUUGCUCCCCCCUCGGUCUCGGUCUUAAGCUUUUUUCACUCUUCCCCUCCUCUGUCUCUCCCCUGCCCUCUGCCCUCACUCUGCCUGUCCAGACUCCUCUGUCUGCCUCUGACUCUGCUGUGUUUUGCUGUAUCAGAGGGUGAGGCCCCCCCGCCCCCCCAAUACGCUCCACAUUCACUGUAAUUUGCAUUGGCAGGGAUGCUGCAGGCGCAUAGGACUGGUGGUGGAGUGUGUAGAAAAUAAAACCAGCACCAAUAACCAAUACAGACACCUUUUUUUUUUCUAAGUGCAGAAGGAAUGCUCCCUAGUGAAUAGUUGGCUUUGUAAAGACAACAAUGAAAUUGUAUAUUUAAAGAAAUCCUGUAAAGUAAAAAAAAACAAAACAAACAAAAAAACUAAAAAAAAAAACAAUUUUGUUGGGUACAGAUUGAUUCAGAUGUUCAUAUUCAUUGUGUGUAGUUUUAUUUUGGAUCCUGACUUUUCCGUUUUAUUUUUUAUUUUGUUUUCUUUAACCAAUUGCAACAGUUUUGUCUUGUUUAAGUGCAGUACGAAGAUGACCUGCAGAUCACAUCUUGGAGUUUUUCCAGUUUAAUUCCUCCAUGUAGCAGCAGUGUACGACAACUAUUCCUGUAUAUUGCCUUUUUGCUGGAAAAUGUAUGUUGAAUAAAAUUUUCUAUAAAAAUGA